AUGCUCAGCUAUGUGCUAAAUAUGGGUCGGAUAAAGAGUUUUCGUGGUGAAGGCAUCAACUUAGGCAUGGAAGUUGAGAGAUUGAAUGCCCGAGAAGACAAACUAGAGAGGACACUAACCCAGGAGGUGGCUGGGCAUAUUCCCAAGUUCAUUAGACCCUUCAAUGGGCCCCUUGUCACAGUUCUUGCUGCCGUCAAUGGGUUCCUGUCUGUUGCUGGCGAGUUCCAAGCGUUCAAUGGCACGAAAUGGAAAGUUUUGCCGCCUAACGCACAUAAAUCCAGUCUAAAAAUAAUCAACGCAAAAUACGCAGCAGAGAUGUAUGAGCCGGAGGCGGAGUCGGACGAGGAUUGCGAAGUUUACUUCCUGAAGCCCGUCAACGAGUACAACAUCGUGGACAAGAUUAAGGAGGCCAACAAGCAGCUAUUUGCGCUCUACGAUGAGGAAGAGGCGGGCACGUGCCCAGAUAAUCCCAAUAGCAGCAGCCGCAAGGUCACAUUUGCGCUCAAUCUGGAGGAUUACGAGCCGACGACAGCGCAGCAGCAGCAGCAGGAUGAGGUAACCAGUCCGCCAUCCGAGCUGCUGCAGCAGUUGGCACAGCUGAAGCUUAGAACCGAGCGUGGCGAGCGCUUUGAGGCCAUAGAAGAGGAGGAGCCGUCCCAGGAGCCGACCCAAGAGCUGGCGAGAGCAGCUCAGGCGGAGCCAGAAGUGGAGGAGGAUAUAUGCGAAGAAAUCCUGGAGCUCAACGAAAUGGAAAACAGCAGCAGCAAGCAGCCAGAAGCGAGCCAAAUCCCGGCCAGCAUGGACUACGAGGAGGAUAACUUUUCGGGAGUGGAUGAAGAUGAUCUUCAGGCUGCCAGCGAAACGCUUACCGCCGACAUCCAAAAGCAUCGCAUAGCUCGCCAGAACACAUUCGACUUGAACGCUGAAGAAAUGCCAGACUCGGAUCAGCGCAGUCUGACCAAUCUGCUCACCGAGUCCGACUGCGAGGAGGACGAGCGCGUCGUGAACGAGGCGCGCAUCAAAUUGCGCCAGGCCUACAAGAGUCUAUACAAAACGCUGGAUGCCAAGGGACAGGCGCAAAUAAAUAGAUUGACUGGCCAGGACAACGGGGAUGUGGAGGAGGAUGACUUGUCCAUCAUUGUGGCCAGCUAUAUACCGGACGAUUUCGAGCUGGACGAGCGCAGCAUUUACUACAAAAAGGAAGACGAGGCAGCGCAAACGCACAACAACAACAACAACAAAACGGGCAGGAGCACCAGCACCAAGACCUUCUUCAAUGCCCGCCGUUUUAGCUUUAGGCGGCGCGCCAGAGCCACGCCCAGUGCGCCAGUUGCUCCGACGCCGGACAUCAAAAUGAAUUAUAAAAUCUGCUGCGAGCAUCGGCAUGCGCUGCAGGAGAAGCUGCCCCGCUACACUGGCUACAUGUCCGAGUAUGGGCUGAGCGCGAAACAGCUGCAGCAACGGGAUCAGCAGCUGCGUCGCAAGCAGCGCUUCGCCAUGGAGCAGACGCUGAAUCGGAACGAGCACGAGCUGAAGAAGCUGCAGGAUAACGAGCGUGCAUUUACCACCUGGCUGAAAAACAAGAUGCGCUAUCCCAUCAACAAGACGCGCAACAUGUUCGAUGCGACGAGAAGGCGUGCCACCGUCGCAGCUGCUGCAAGCAGUCCCAAUCCUCACCAGCAACAACGGCGGGAGCAGCAGCACGAGCAGCUGAGGUCGGGUCGUCGGCGUGACAGCAACGAGGUGCACGCCUAUCGCUAUCUGCUGGGCAGCUGGAGCAAGUAG